AUGACACUUUCAAAAGUAUUUCAAUAUUUAGCAAGUUUAGAUUCAAAAGAUUUAGAAGAAUUAUAUAAAGAUCCAUGGACAUGUCAAGCAAUUCUAAGAUCAUUACCACCAAGAUCAAAACAAUAUAUAUUAAAGAUGUUAUUAGUUGAUACUUAUCCUCUAAGUUUAGCAAAGGAUUGGUCAACACAAGCAUCAAUACAACAACAUAAAGAAUCAUUAAAGAAAUUAUUUGAUUUAAAAAUUAUCUUUUUAGAUAAAAUUAAUAAACCAAUUCAACCACAACAACAACAAUCAUCACAACAAUCAUCAUCACAACAACAACAGCAACAACAACAGCAACAACAACAAACUGAACAAACAAUUAGAUUAAAUCCAUUAUUUCAAGAUAAUAUAAAGAGGUCAUUAGUUCAAGUCAAUCAAGUAAUAUUUUCAAAUAAUAGUAGUAUAAAAGAUAAUCAUAAACCACCAAGUAUUGAUGAUUUAGAUUCAUAUUCAAAAUCACAAUGGGAGAAAGUUUUAUAUUUUUUAUCGGAUGAUACAGUUCAACCAUCAAAGUUAAUAUCGGAAUUAUUGUUAUCAUCAAAUUUAACGAAACAAGAGGGUGAUGGAUUAUCAAUUACAUCAGAGGGGUUUAAAUUUUUAUUAAAAGAUGUUUAUACACAAAUUUGGACAUUGUUAAUUGUUUAUUUGGAUGAUUUGGAGAAAAAGAAAGGUAAAGGAAGCGGAUCGAGAAAUGAUUUGUUAAGUUUUUUAUUUAGGUUAUCAUUUUUGAAUUUGGGUAGAGGUUAUUUAGUUUCAGAAUUGUCUGAGCAGCAGAAAGAGUAUUUAUUCGCAUUGAAGCAGUUUGGCUUGAUUUAUAUGAGGACUGAUAGCAGUAUACUGUUUUAUCCAACUCGGUUAAUCAUUUCAUUGACCACUGGUAAAACGUUGUCGUUGAUACAAAGUAUUUCGUCAGAGAGAACUCAGACUCAGAAGGAGCAGGGCUAUAUAGUGUUGGAGACGAAUUACAGACUUUACGCAUACACCUCUUCCUCUUUGCAAAUCUCGUUGUUGAGUUUGUUCGUCAAGAUGUUAUAUAGGUUACCGAAUUUAGCGGUUGGUAUCAUUACGAGGGAGAGUAUUAGAACCGCUUUGAUUCAUGGUAUAACUGCUGACCAAAUCAUUGACUUUGUUAGACAUAAUAGUCAUCCAAAUGCUGCCAACUCUGGUCAACCAAUACCAGAUGUCGUCGCUGAACAAAUCUUACUUUGGGAAGCUGAAAGAAAUCGUAUCACUUAUACUAAAUCUGUACUCUAUAAUUCAUUUCCAACAAAUGAUUGUUAUAUUGCAACAUUAAAAUUUGCAAAAGAACAAGAUUAUUAUAUUUGGUCUCAUGAUCCUUUAAAAACUUUAGUUGUUAAAGAAGAAGGAAAUGAUCCAAUUAGAAAUUUUAUUAAAAAGAAUUUUGCUUGA